UCCAAGUUCAACCAUGCCGCAACCCACGGCGCACGCCGCCAGAAGAGGGUGCUGUCGCUUCGCCGAUCAGAAGCGUGGAGCACUGCUACCUGGACGAUGGGUGAGCUGCUGAACUUCGGCCUGGCAGGCGCUGUCCCCAGGCAGCAUGCCGCCGCAUCGGGGCAGGAAGACUGAGGCGGAGUGGCAGAGGGGGAGAGAGAGAGAGAGAGAGAGAGGAGAGAACGAAGGGAACCGCGAAAGAUUGGAGGGAGAUCACCUUCUGCACACUUGCGAGCACGCUCGUAGACGGCGCCCAGAGCAGAGGACGCACGGCCAAGACCAGCCGCGUACCGCGGAUGCCUCGGCCACUGCCCCCCCCCGCGGCCGCGCAGGCGGCCGCGCAGGCGGCCGCUGCAGCGGACAGCCGCGCGUGGCUCGCGUGGUGCUUUCAUCGCAAGCUGGGAGACGCUGGGCUCUUCAAGUGCACCCACGAUCACGACCCGCGCGGCACCGAACGUAGCCGUUCGAAGGUCGCCCCCCCUUCGCAGACUGCGGGCGGCACGCGGAAGCGAGCGACGCGCGCGCGCGAGCCUGGGCGGCAGCGCGGUGCCUCGGCGGCCGCAGCGCGCCAUGCCCCCGGCUGUACCCCCCGAGGCUGCGCACGCUCCGGCCGGGCGACGGCCCCGCCGCCGUGUGGCGUGGUCGUGCCCGGGUGCCCAGAGAGGGGCUCCCACCUCCAAGGCGAGCGCGGCUAGACAAAAAAAGAGCCGGCGUCCCUCCCAAAGGCCUGCCUACCAGACCACCCCCACCCAACCCGAAGACCCGAAUUUCGGGGCCUUCGGGUUGGGUUGGGAUGGUUUGGUAGGUGGUGACCAAGGCG